AUGGCGGUGCCGGUGUUCGCGCUGGGGGACCGCGUGCAGACCCACGGGCUCUCGAGCGCGGCCGGGAAGGCGUUCAACGGCGAGAAGGGGAUCAUCAAGUCCGCCCGCGAUCCACAGACAGGCCGAUAUCAGGUGAGUUUCCAGACAAAGAAACUGUGGGACUGCAAGGCGUUCAAGCCGGAGAACUUGAGGCUAUGCUACGUCCCGGGGGACAAGGUGGUUGCCCAUGGCCUCAAGAGCGCGUCCGGUCAGAUGCUCAACGGCGCCGACGGAAUUGUCGAGUCUCAUGACGAGGAGGCGGACCGCUACCAGGUCCUUUUCGAGACCCACGGCUCCAAGGCCUGCGAGGCGGCGGCCCGCGGCGCGACGUCGGGCGAGACGGUGCAGGACACGGACAUCAGGGUGCUGGACCCGAACGAG